AUGUCCCAGUUUGCCCAGCUGAAAGCAACUGCUCCAAGGAGGAAGCCAGGAACACCUGUGCUCACAGGCAGGUUAGUGAAGCUCAAACAAAUUGAGCAUACCCUCAAUGAAAAACGGAUACUCCAGGCCAUCAACUUUCCAUUACUCGUCAAACUGGAGUAUUCUUUCAAAGAUAACUCCAAUCUGUAUAUGGUGAUGGAAUACAUCCCGGGCGGGGAGAUGUUCUCCCACCUACGGCAGAUCGGGAGGUUCAGUGAACCUCACGCCCGGUUCUACGCUGCUCAGAUCGUCCUGACCUUUGAGUAUCUGCACUCGCUGGAUGUCAUCUACCGAAACCUGAAGCCAGAGCGUCUCCUGAUUGACCAGCAGGGCUACAUCAAGGUGACGGGUUUUAGUUUUGCCAAGCGGGUGAGAGAGCGAACCUGGACUCUGUGUGGGACCCCGGAAUACCGGGCCCCCGAGAUCUUCCUCAACAAGGGUUAUAACAAGGCUGUGGACUGGUGGGCCCUGGGCGUCCUCAUCCACGAGAUGGCAGCUGGUUACCCCCCAUUCUUUGUGGACCAGCCCAUUCAGAUCUAUGAGAAAAUCGUCUCUGGCAAGGUCCGGUUCCCGGGUCAUUUCAGCUCGGAGCUGAAGGACCUGCUCCGGAACCUGCUGCAGGUGGACAUCACUAAACGCUUUGGCAACCUCAAGAACGGGGUCAACGACAUCAAGAACCACAAGUGGUUUGCUACCACCGACUGGAACGCCAUCUACCAGAGGAAGGUGGAAGCUCCCUUUUUACCAAAGUGCAAAGGCCUGGGCGACACGAGUAACUUCGACAACUACGAGGAAGAAGAGAUCCGGGUCUCGGUCACUGAGGAGUGCGUCAGGGAGUUUGAUGAGUUCUAGGGCCAGUGGCCCUCCCCCCAAAAUUCCCCUUUCCCACAAAGAAGCUUGAAACUCCCAUCUAGAGGGUGGGGAUAUCAUCCACCCCGCCCCAGGAAACACGUCUGUGUCCUCCGACAAAACCCGUUUCACUAGAAAUAGAAAACAACCCUCCCUCCCAGCCCCCACUUCCUCUUUA